AUGGAUAGCACAAAUUUCCUAUCGAAUUCCAAUACAUUACAAAGUAAUUCGUUGCUGUACAAUACGAGCAGCAGUAGUCAGUUCUCAUCCUUAAUCAACGAUAUCACUGUUAGCUCGGACAUCUCACGCGCUGCUCAGCUGGUACCUCAACCAGCUGUCACAAACGAUUUCAUGAAGUUGCAGCAACAAAAUCGUCAUCAUCAUCAGCAUGCACAUCAGUACAUGAACGGAGCACGCUCUGUAGGAUCCGCUUUGGAUGCAGCUGUCACCACGUCGCAUCAGGGAACUUUUGGAGAAGCUGUGUCUCAUAAUCAGUUUUCUGCGGUAAUUCCUGAAAUAUCUGUGAAAAUCUGA